UGCCUUUCCGAUCUUCGUGUUGAAUUGCGGCCCACUGGGGAAAAUGCCAUCGUUCAUGUCAUACAGAACGAUCCACCUCCGACGUUAGUUCAACACUCCUAAAUCCAGAUCGAGGUCUUGCCUAUCGAUUUGGUUGUUAACAAUAUAUCUGUAGCAGCAUCCUUUAUGCUGGCGCGGGGACCCUUCUUCUUGCUCAUAUCCGCAUCUCCAACCCCAGUGCCGUUCCGGGGGCUGAUACCCCGGACUCUCUGCACAUCCAGCAGAAAUCAGACCAACUCAUGGACGACCUUGAAUAUCACCUAGGAAGCUCUCUCGUCGAUUACCUGCACGUCCGCCUAACUUACACCCACUCUGCCUUCCCUGCCGGGGCUUUCCCUUCCUCGUUUCCGUGGCGUAAAGACGGCGUAAGUGGAAGUGCCAAUGCCGGAUUCACCAACCUGCAGACCCGGCUUGAGACCACAGCAACCGCUUCACUGAAGCGCUACAACCGUCGAUCCCCAUGGAGUCCCCGCCCCCCGCCAAGGCCAAUGUCAAACCCGCUCCUUGAUACCGUUGCGGCCCACUGGACUCCUAACCGCGCCGCUGAAGCCGCCCGUCAGAUGGAGUCGUAUCGUCCAGCAGCGACGCUCCGCAGGCCAGUUGGCUUGCCUUGUUGUUGCAAGUUUCAAGAAAGGGGCGGAGAACGGAUGCGACCUGAGACUGUGGGCCCCGCACCCACACGGAUACACAUAGAGGAGGACGACGACUACGCCUUCCUCGACAGAGUGGGCAUACCGCUGAGGGUACCGUCAUAGGUAGCUCAGGUGCCACAUCGCGGGGCGAGUCUGGGAAAAGCAAAAACAUCGACACAGCUUGAGAGGGCGGCAACGACUUCGUCAAGAGAGGUACGGGGGCCUUCCGGCAACCGAGUAAGGUCGCUGCUGCAGUGGAUGCAGCGCUUGUCAAUCUCGAAGGUAUCAAGUGCCAAACAGGAUGAGAACGCGGUCGAGCAUUCGCCAACAGCGCGCAGCAUGAGGUCGAGUGACGCAAGCCCAUGGACAACGGAAAAGGGGUUGGGGACACCGAGUGCUUACGAGACGACGACGUUGGCUGGGUCGAGCGGUUGGACUUCAGGGGAAGAGCAGCUGCAGGGCCGUAACGGGGCCAUGCGAUGCGGGUCAGUCCGCCGUAGAAGCAUGGGAAGAGCUGAUGACAAGGAGCCUGGUCGCUGGGGGUGGCCAAGCUGGUGGUGAAUGUUAUAAUUUUGUAUGGUUAGGAGCAGGAUGCAAAGUAUUGAUGUGUGACGGGGGGGGG